UUAUCGCGUUUUCGUGCUUUCAUUUCUGGAAUCCGUUUUCGGGGAGGAGUUCACGGCUGCGUAAGGACCACGCUCUUAAAGAGCAUAUAGCCGCCGAAUCGUGCGCGGCAGCAUCGGGCUCUAGUGAGCACAGCCUGAUGAGCGACAUGUCGGACACGAGACCUUCGUCACUUGUGUACCACCGCCAGACCUCAGGCGUAGAGAUGGUAAUGCUGGUGAACCCACGCAAUGGGACCCGACAAGAGGUUCCCGUCCAGUGCACGCAAACGCCCACACGGCCCUGUGACAUGCUUGCUUGUCUGCACACCCUGAAUGACUUUCUGGUCGCCAUUGGAGCGGAAGUCAAGGAAGUCGCUUUCCGGAAGAUCGCAAUCACUGAUCGGCAAAUACUUCUCCGCGGAAGAAACUUCAGUUCCGAAUACGUUCGUGACGCGGUCCUCACCUUGUACUGUCUACUGUCUAAGCACCGCUGCGUCGACGCCAUGGACAUGAAGGUUCUCCGGAAUUUGCCGCAGUCCACCAGAUUUCAAUCGACUUUCUGGAGAUUCCUGGGGUGCCACUCCUGGGUGACUUGCCUCGAGCUGGUGAGAUGCGUCCCAAUGAGAGAUUGCAUUCCAAGCAUCAUCACCGCCAUAAGUGACCUGCUGGUGAAACAGCUGAUUCAGCUGACGCUGCGCGAAAUUUACCUGGAGGGCGUGACAGAGUAUCUGCUGGAUGUCCUGGAAAAAGCCUUUCACAAUACUCGUACUCUCAGGACGCUCAGCAUCUCCCACGUCGGUUACUGUACCAAAUCACAGGGCCUAACGGAGGCAGAUGUGCUCAUUGACCAAGCCAUUGUUCGAGGCAUUGCCAACAACCCAAUGGUGACCAACCUUACCUUUGCCUUCUGCUAUCCCCGGGACGCCUGCCAGGCCAGCAUCAAACGGCUGCUCGCAAAUACUACUACCCUAACCAAUCUCACUAUUACCCACUGGGCGCUCCACGAUAGAGCAUUCAGUGUAAAGGAUAUCAUAGGCGCACUUUCAGCUAACCGUACCAUAACCAGCCUUACCCUGAAAGACCUUAACUUGGGCCCACUGGAAAAAGAGAAGCUAGCAGAGCUCCUGAACUCCAACAGAACACUACAGUAUGUGGCCUUCUUGACACGCAGGACGAGCUUGGAGGGAGCUUCCACUUCUCAGGUGCCGCGGCCACAUGUAGACGCCCUUGUCAAGGCCCUGAAGAAGACAAAGUCUCUCGAACAACUGGAACUGAACUGGAGCUUCUCGCUGCAAGAGAUUCGUCAUCUCGCGCAGGCGGUUCAUGGUAAGGAGCUGCGACUGCACUUUCUGAAGAUCUCCUUGGACAAACCGGAAUCUUUUCUCGGAAUCCUCGACGGUGUCCCCGGAAGCCGCAAUGUCGUAUUCGGAGAGUGCAGUUUCCUUGAAGGACCGUUUCUCCCCAUGAUUCCCGCGAGGCAAGUCCCGGCCAAACAACCGCUGUGCUCCAGCACUAUCUGCACCAUUUCGCUUAACAACUUGUGUCGGGUGCUAGCCGGCGACGGUGGUGACCGCAUCAGAUGGCUUGAGCUACGGCCUUGUGCGAACUCCUGCCCUGAAGUCAGACACUACCUGGCUUCGUACCUGGCCUCUACGCGCAGGCUACGGAUGCUCCACGUGGAAAUCAAGAACGAUCCAGAAUUAGUGACCGCUGUUUUCCACGGCCUAGUGGACAACAGUAGCAUCGAGCAUCUCUACAUAUAUGCUGGCUGCAAUAUCGACGAAAAGAGCGUUGAAUUGUUCAGCGGCUGGCUCUGCACCAAUCGACGGUUGCACUCGCUGGAGGUUUCGUAUUCCUACCGCGGCGGAGAACAUUUCGCUCAAGCACUGGCCGAGUCAAUGGAUCGCAACUUUGCACUGACGUCCAUAACUCUGCAUGCGGCUGACGGACCAUACUAUGAACACCUCUGUAACCUGACCUGGCGCAACCAAGGACUUCUGCACUGUGCAGCCGGAUUCGUUCUGGGCUGCACUCAGAUGCGUGCGGCGAAGGCCUAUGGUCUUCUUGCACGGCACCCGCUGCUUCUACAGACAGUCCUAAAAAGCUGUACCCUCAGCAACCGGGAGCUGAGGGCGAGGUUUUGGACAGCCGAGAAUUUCCGGCGCAGGGAGUUCUGGCGACACGCCGGAAUCGUGAGAGGCGAGCUGGUCUGCAACCAACCGCAGUGCGAUGGCGACAGCCAACUGCCGGAGGCCCCACUUCAGCUGGAUGACCUCGGCCCGUACAUGCUGGAUCACAUCUGCUCCUUCCUCACACUGGCUGACGUGUCAAGCGAACAUGAGGAACUUCGAGGCUGGCCUGGCCAACUCGUAGAUUGAACUGUCUGCGGACACGAGGUGACGCAGCACUUGGAGAACACGGCUUGUGACACAACGUUGUGAACGACCGGAUUUUUGAAAACACUUACGUGCGUCACUCUAGUGCUGCUCUUUGGCUUUGACAAUGCAAGUUCACAUUUUUGCGGCCUCUGCAGAGUGUGCCGGUUUUUACUUGGUAUUGAGAGCUCUUUACACCAGUGUGCCUUGUUAGAGGGCAGCAAUUUUAAAGGGGCUGCGUUGAAAACGCAGAAGGAGCAAUACUUGAAGACGAAGAAAAAAAUAGCAACUGCAGCACCCAUUUUAGCAUUUUAAUGAUAUUGCAGCGUAAAGACAUGGAUUAUCCGCAAUAAAGUUGAGUUUA